GUCCAGGUCAUCCCUCCUCCAGACAUCGAGACACCCAACGAAACAAAUACUGCUGAGCGCCGGGGCCGACCCCGUGGCAAAAUCUGUCGUUACUGGGCAAGGUUUAGAAUGGUGUUAUCAAAAAGAUUUCCGGAUAGUGCUGAUAUCCUACACAAGCGCUCAAAGUUCAACGAUUCACGCAGCCGCGACCCCGUUCAAGAUACUUUUGCUGUUGUGCAACAAGGCGCCGAUCUCCAAUCUGUGAACAAGGCACUUCAGGAUACCGGUCAUGGUGCAGAUCAGAUGAAACAAAGCUGUGGACAUGCGAGACUCAUGUUAUCUGCAGGCAAAAAGGGACCAGCAGCGCUCGAUAAUAUAGACAGUAUAGGGACCACUUAUCUUCAACCCCCAAAGAUCAACACCGUUCUGCAGGUGCAUCCGUAUGCAAAGAUGGCGUUGGGCAUGCUUUCUUGCGCAUCAAAAAUAAUUCUUGCUCAAGCGGAUCGUGACGAAGCGGUACUUGAAUACUACAAGAAGUUGGGUCAAGUGUAUGGCUUCAUAACGCAAGACGACACGCUUCUCAAGAUUUCGUUAAUGAGGGACAUCUUUGGACAGAUCUCUCAGCAGACCCUAGAAUGCGCCAGUUUCAUCAGGGAUUACUCAGAGAAGAAAGGCUUUUGAGGGAGAGACUCGGAAACAAUAUCGUCUCGGAAACAAACGACACGAUACAACAGUAUAAUGAUGUGUUGGAUGUGCUCAUGCAGAACUUCCGCGACCAAGUCACUCGCGACGUAGCCACCUAUAUUCACGAUACAAAUAAGGAUUGUAUUUGCUUCUGACUCGACAUCAUGGGGUGGAUCAA